AUGAUGUCAGUUCGCCAAGCGUUCUGUGCUAUCACUAUCGCACUCUGUUGUCUCUGCAGUUAUGUGGUAGCUGCUCAAGCUGAAGCUGAAGCUGAACCUCUUGAGGCCAAACCUACGGAACUUGGUCCUGGAGGUCCACCAGGUCCUGGUGAUGGACAUUCUGAAGUUUCUCAUUGUCCAUCUGGUUCAUCCCCUGUGGAUGCUGGUAAAUCUCAGUGUGCAGAAAGUAGUGGUGGUAGAGAACGUAAUGAUGAUCCUGGUACACCUCCUGGUCUUAAGGAACAGCCACCUGGCGAAGUAACCAAAACAACAAUGGAUGAAAUUCGAGAAGAGGGAAGUGUUAGUAGCGGUACAAAAAUGGAAAAUGCUAAAAAAAAUUUGGAAGUGAAAGAUGCCCAAGAAGAGAGUUCAGAAGAUAAAAGUAAACCGCUUGCUGGUGCCGUAUCACCUGCAUCUGGAGUGCCCGAUGGUUCUGAUCUUGAUAACAGAAGUGAAGAAGAAAAAGCGUUAGGCCCUAAGGGACAGGAAGGUAAAGGCUCUCCAGUUGCUGUACAAGGCCCACAGGGUCCUCCCGGUGCUGCUGCUCCCUCUCCUGGUCCUACUUCUGAAUCUCCUGAUAUUAAGGGAAGUGGUGCUGUGUCUGCAAGUGAAAGGCAAGAUGGGGACAAUGUACGAAAUGGAAAUGGAGCAGCAGAACAACCUUCUACUGGUUUAACCUCAGAGGGCGGCAGUGGAAAUUCUAAUGCCACAACGAAUGAGAACGACCCCUCAUCUGCAGGAACUGCAAAUUCUGGGGAUGAUACUACAACAAAUAAUGAGGAAUCAACCACCACCACCACAACAACAACAACAACACUUCCUCCUGAGGCUGCAAACAAGAAGAAGGGUGAUGCAGACAGCUGCAGUAGUAUCAGCAGUUCUGUGUGGGUGCGUGUACCACUACUGAUUGUGGUUACACUGGCCUGGAUUCUUGUGUGCUGA